UGGGGUCAUGGCUAGACAUUUUCAACUGCAGGAGAACUGCCUGCGGGCAAUGGGGCAUAGUGAUAACGUAGACAGUACCAAAAACAGAGCAUUCAGUUUGAAGCAUAUUAGCUCACUGCUUUUUGUUAUAUCGGCGCAGUAUCCAUUGAUAUCUUAUGUCGUUUACAACCGUAAUGACAUGGAAAAAGUCACAGCAUGUCUGAGUGUAGUGCUUACCAAUAUGCUUACUGUUAUUAAAAUUACUACGUUUCUGGUAAAAAGGCUGGAGUUUUGGAAAAUGAUUCGUCUCUUCAGGAAAAUGCACGAGCAAUCAAAUCAAAGUAAGGGAUCGCACUACGUAGACGAAGCUAAUAAACUAGCAUCCUUUCUAGGAAGGGCAUAUUGCCUGUCCUGCGGCCUAACAGGCCUUUAUUUUAUGCUGGGACCCAUUGUAAAAAUUGUCGGUAACGGUUGGCGAGACACAACUUAUACCAGGGAGCUGCCUAUGCCAAUGAAGUUCCCCUUUAACGAUCUGGAAAGUCCUGGAUACGAAGUUUGUUUUUUAUAUACUGUUCUGGUUACUAUCGUCGUUGUCGCCUAUGCCUCGGCCGUUGACGGUUUAUUUAUUUCAUUCGCCAUUAAUCUGCGAGCUCAUUUUCAGACUUUGCAUUGGAAAAUCGCAAACGAAGAGUUUGGGCUAUCCGAAAAUGAGUCCCACGCGAGACUGAAAUCAAUUGUAGACUAUCAUGUACUACUGCUUUCCUUAUCCAAAAAAUUACGAUCAAUAUACACACCAACAGUAUUCGGACAGUUUGUCAUAACAUCGUUGCAGGUUGGCGUUAUAAUAUAUCAACUCGUGACGAAUAUGGACUCCGUUAUGGACCUUUUGUUGUAUGCGUCCUUUUUCGGCUCUAUUAUGCUACAAUUAUUUAUUUAUUGCUAUGGCGGCGAAAUCAUCAAAGCUGAGAGCCUGCAGACUGAUAUUGCUGUCCGGCUCUCCCCUUGGCACUUAGCUUCUCCGAAUAUCCGAAGAUCCUUGUCGUUGAUCAUUCUACAGUCCCAAAGGGAAGUGCUAAUUAGAGCUGGCUUCUUUGUUGCAUCCCUGGCGAAUUUUGUUGGGAUUUGCCGAACAGCUUUAUCGUUGAUAACGUUAAUAAAAUCAAUUGAGUAAUUCUUAAAGUAUGUUUAAAAAAACUUACAUUUUGGUACAAUGGUCCAUAGUGGCGUAUACAGAAUAUUUCUCGUUGCAUACAUUUUGAGUAUCACAUUUCCUUUCACUUUAAUGGAUGUAUAAUGAUAAUUUAUAAUCCCAUUUAUACGUUUAUAAAAUCUUAAAAGGUGUCGUCCUAAAGAGCCUAUCUUUGUGGGCGUAGUACGUUUUAAAUUAGAAAAAGGGCUUCGACUGUACCAGCGGAACUUUUUUAUCUUUAUCAUUGUAUCUAUUCAUACCCGUUACUCGUAGAGUACCCUUUUACCCUUUUAGUAUACUAUUUUCGUCGGAAAAUACGUAACAGGCAGAAGGAAGCGUUUCCGACCCCUUAAGAACUGGCUAAAGGAGCUUCCGCAUGUGAAUGGACUGCAUGACAGAUUGGAGAGAGAGAAUGCAAAGUUCGAGAAGACCCCCUCCCGCGCAACUACAAUUGUUUUUCAGCAAUUUAAAUUUUAUAUUAAACCAAUCGGAACUAGAUAAUUGAAAUUGGUAUUGAGUUUAUUGGAGAGAGAAAGGGGGAGACAAGAAGGACAAAUUGUUUAAAUAGUUAAUUAUUCAAUAGAAUAAGUUAGCCGCGCAGUACGCUCUUUCUUAGCGUUGACAGCGCUUCUCAUUCCCAUUUUUUGUCCCGCUUUUGUUUUAGCCUGAGCCAAGAAA